AUGAUUUACAGAAGUGGAAUAUCGGAUCAAAGACUCGCCGAAUUGGAAACACUUCUGGAACUGAAGAGAUUGCGCGAGAAUUUGCGGACCCGAACACCAGUGGCGUACGGACUGAUUGACCCUACUAAAAUUGGGAGACGACGAAAGCGCGACCAUUACUUCAAAACCAAUUAUUUGGAUAAACUUCUGAGAGACAAACAGACGACGAGGGCUGAGGUGCCGUCGUAUGAAUGA